UUUAUUUAUUUGAUAUUUCUUAAUAAACUGCAUAUACCUUCAUUAUUCUUGCUCUGCAUCACCGUAAUAUAUUACUAUUUGCUUUUUUAACUGAAAUGGAUCACAAUUGGCAAGAGAUGGAAGAAAGCAACAUUGUUUUUUUGGGCAAUGUCGCUUACGACACAACCGAAGAGCAGCUCCGCCAGAUGCUCGAGCUCGCAGGCCCUGUCAUUGACAUCCGGCUGGUAUUUGACCCCAACACCAGCCGCGCCAGGGGUUUUGGCUUCUGCCAAUAUGCUGAUACUAACAUUGCCGCCAGCGCGAUCAAAAAUCUCAAUGACUCGCUAGUCGACGGUCGCAACAUCAAAAUCGGGUACGCGGACCGCGACAGAAUCCGGGCAUAUCUUGGAACCGACGGUUUGUCGCUGAGGAAUACGCCGAAGAGUACGCAGAGGGAGCCAAUGGGCGGCCCAGGAGGUGUAGACAAAGCUAGAGAGAUUGUUAGCCAACUCAGCUCGGAUAUGCGGAUGGAACUGAUCGCGCAAUACAGAGCAUACGCAGACGUCAACACAACCAAGGCGAAACAAGAGCUGACGAAGAAUCCGGGGCUUGCGUGGGCGGUUUUGGCAGCUAUGGAGUUGGAGGGCUUGGUUGCUGAUGAGCAGCUGAAAAUUAUUAAGGGCGGAGCCGCUGAUGUUACCAUGGCUGCGGGAACGUUGCGCCCAACGGGAAUGCCCCAUCAGAGACCCCCACCUCCGCCGUUUCAAUCUCGUCACGCGGCUUCCUCUCAAUCCAUGCCGCCCCAGCCGCACUUUGAUUAUUCAACACCAGCUCCUGCUUUGGCGCCUGCACCUGUACCCGCCCCAGCUCUGGUUAUUGCCGAUGAGUCGGCGGCCACGGAGAUGGACAACGCAGAGGUGCUCAAGCAGCUUUUGAGUCUGACAGACGAGCAGUUGGCGCAGCUGCCCGAGGAACAUCGCCAGCAAAUAAUUGAGCUCAAGCAGCAGCUCCAGCCGGGCAUUUGAAACUUAUUUUUCCGCAGUUCAUAAUUUAUUUUUUUAGUAUAUUGGGGGUGCAUUGCGUUUAUAUUUUGACAAAAUCGAAGGCAGGAACAUUAAGGUCUGUAAAAGCCCACACUUGUCAUUAAGGUGUUGCGUGUAUGUGGAUACGUGCUGCUUGGUUUAUUUAUUGCUUUCUUAGCGAG